AUGCCUUGCCCAUCCCAGAGCUCCGAUGAGUUGGAGUUCUUUGUGAACGGGAAGAAGGUGACAGAGAAGAACGUGGACCCAGAAGUCACUCUGCUGGCCUUCCUGAGAAAGAACUUACGCCUCACGGGGACUAAGUAUGCCUGUGGGACAGGAGGCUGCGGGGCCUGCACUGUGAUGGUGUCCCAGCACGAUCCGGUGUGCAAGAAGACAAGACACUUCUCUGUCAUGGCAUGCCUGGUGCCCCUGUGCUCCCUGCAUGGGGCUGCUGUCACCACCGUGGAAGGUGUGGGAAGCAUCAAGACCAGGCUGCACCCCGUGCAGGAGAGACUCGCCAAGAGCCACGGCACCCAGUGUGGAUUCUGCAGCCCUGGGAUGGUGAUGUCCAUGUAUGCUCUGCUCAGGAACUACCCGCAGCCCUCAGAGGAGCAGCUCCUGGAAGCAUUGGGAGGUAAUCUCUGUCGGUGUACUGGGUAUCGGCCGAUUCUGGAAAGUGGCAGAACCUUCUGCAUGGAGUCAGAUGGUUGUCUGCAGAAAGGAACAGGACAGUGUUGCUUGGAUCAGAAGGAAGGUGACUCAUCUGGAAGCAAAAGUGAUAUUUGCACGGAGCUAUUUGUGAAAGACGAGUUCCAGCCCUUGGACCCGACCCAGGAGCUCAUAUUUCCCCCAGAACUCCUGAGGAUGGCUGAGAACCCAGAGAAGCAAACACUAACCUUUUAUGGAGAGAGAAUUACCUGGAUCGCCCCAGGAACCCUCCAAGAACUCUUGGUGCUGAAAGCCAAGUACCCUGAAGCCCCUCUCAUCUCAGGCAACACGGCUCUGGGACCAGCCAUGAAGUCUCAAGGACACUUUUACCCAGUUCUCCUGUCCCCUGCUAGAAUUCCUGAUCUAAGAAUGGUGACUAAAACCAGUGGUGGACUGACCAUAGGUGCCUGCUGCAGCCUGGCUCAGGUGAAGGACGUCUUAGCUGAGAGCAUCUCUGAGCUCCCGGAGGAGAAAACUCAGACCUACCGAGCUCUCCUGAAACACCUCCGUAGUUUGGCGGGACAGCAGAUCCGGAACAUGGCGUCCUUAGGUGGACAUGUUAUAAGCAGGCAUUACUACUCGGACCUGAAUCCCAUCCUCUCUGUGGGCAACGCCACACUCAAUCUGCUGUCGGAAGAAGGCCUGAGGCAGAUUCCCCUCAAUGGACAUUUUCUUGCUGGGUUGGCAAAUGAAGACCUGAAGCCUGAAGAGAUUCUGGGGUCGGUGUACAUCCCCCACUCUCAGAAGAGGGAGUUUGUGUCUGCCUUCCGGCAGGCCCAGUGCCAUCAGAACGCCUUGCCUGAUGUAAAUGCUGGCAUGAGAGUCCUGUUCAAAGAAGGCACAGACAUCAUUGAGGAGCUGAGCAUUGCCUAUGGAGGGGUGGGGCCCACCACCGUCAGUGCACACAGAUCCUGCCAGCAGCUCCUGGGCCGGCGCUGGAACGCACUGCUGCUAGACGAGGCUUGCAGACUGCUUCUGGACGAAGUCUCCCUCCCAGGCUCAGCCGUGGGAGGCAAAGUGGAAUUCAGGAGGACUCUGAUUGUCAGCUUCUUCUUCAAGUUCUACCUGGAGGUUCUGCAGGAACUGAAGGCCGACGGGAGGCUGCUCCCUGAAUCCACCGACAGCCAGCGUUAUCCAGAGAUCGCAGACCGGUCCCGAAGCUCUCUGGGAGAUUUCCAGGUCACGCUACCCCGGGGAGUCCAAACAUACCAGAGAGUGAAUUCUCACCAACCUCUCCAAGAUCCAGUUGGACGUCCCAUCAUGCACCUGUCAGGUCUUAAACAUGCCACGGGGGAAGCUGUAUUUUGUGAUGACAUCCCCAGGGUGGAUAAAGAACUUUUCAUGGCUUUAGUGACCAGUACCAGAGCUCAUGCAAGAAUCAUAUCGAUCGACUCAUCCGAGGUCCUAGACCUGCCUGGUGUGGUCGAUGUGAUAACAGCUGAAGACAUCCCGGGCAACAAUGGUGAAGAGGAUGACAAAUUACUGGCUGUAGAUAAGGUUCUCUGCGUGGGCCAGGUCGUCUGUGCUGUGGUAGCAGAGACUGAUGUUCAGGCAAAACGAGCAACUGAGAAGAUAAAAAUCACCUACGAGGAUCUGAAGCCUGUGCUUUUCACCAUCGAGGAUGCCAUACAGCACAAUUCAUUCCUGUGCCCUGAAAAAAAGCUGGAACAAGGAAACAUGGAGGAGGCAUUUGAAAAUGUGGAUCAGAUAGUUGAAGGGAAGGUUCAUGUUGGAGGGCAAGAACAUUUCUACAUGGAAACACAGAGAGUGCUUGUCAUUCCAAAGACAGAAGACAAAGAGCUGGACAUGUAUGUGUCCACACAGGAUCCAGCCCAUGUGCAGAAAACAGUGUCCUCUACUUUAAACAUCCCGCUCAGCAGGAUCACCUGCCACGUGAAACGUGUGGGUGGAGGCUUUGGAGGAAAGGUGGGGAGACCAGCUGUGUUCGGAGCAAUUGCUGCAGUGGGGGCUGUCAAAACUGGCCGUCCCAUUCGUCUUGUUCUGGAUCGUGAAGAUGAUAUGUUAAUAACUGGGGGAAGACACCCAUUAUUUGCAAAAUACAAAGUGGGAUUCAUGAACAGUGGACGAAUCAAAGCCCUAGACAUUGAAUGCUACAUCAAUGGAGGAUGCACACUGGAUGACUCCGAACUGGUAACAGAAUUUCUUGUACUAAAACUGGAAAAUGCAUAUAAAAUCCGCAACCUCAGACUUCGAGGUCGUGCCUGCAUGACAAAUUUACCAUCCAAUACAGCCUUUCGUGGGUUUGGCUUCCCGCAAGGAGCCCUGGUGACAGAAUCUUGCAUCACAGCUGUGGCAGCCAAAUGUGGGCUUCCACCAGAGAAGAUUAGGGAGAAAAACAUGUACAAAACAGUGGAUAAAACCAUCUACAAGCAAGCGUUCAACCCCGAGCCCCUGGUAAGGUGCUGGAACGAGUGUCUGGACAAGUCUUCCUUCGCCAUCAGAAGGACAAGAGUGGACGAGUUCAAUGAGAAGAGUUACUGGAGGAAGAGAGGCAUUGCGGUCGUCCCCAUGAAGUUUUCAGUUGGCUUUGCUGCGACAAGCUAUCAUCAGGCAGCUGCGCUCGUUCACAUCUACACCGACGGCUCUGUGUUGGUGGCACACGGAGGCAAUGAGCUGGGACAAGGCAUUCACACCAAAAUGUUACAGGUGGCCAGCCGUGAAUUGAAAAUACCCAUGUCGUACCUGCACACCAGCGAAACAUGCACAGCAGCAGUGCCCAAUACAAUUGCUACGGCCGCGUCCGUCGGAGCCGAUGUCAACGGCAGAGCUGUGCAGAAUGCCUGUCAGAUCCUUCUCAAACGUCUUGAGCCCGUCAUUAAGAAAAACCCGGAAGGGACAUGGAGAGACUGGAUAGAAGCAGCCUUCGAACAAAGGAUCAGUCUCUCAGCCACCGGAUACUUCAGGGGCUACAAGGCUUUCAUGGACUGGGAGAAGGGAGAGGGAGACCCAUUCCCAUACUAUGUCUAUGGAGCUGCAUGUUCUGAGGUUGAAAUCGACUGCCUGACAGGUGCUCACAAGAAAAUGAGAACCGACAUUGUCAUGGAUGCCUGUUGCAGCCUGAAUCCAGCCAUUGACGUUGGGCAGAUCGAAGGCGCGUUUAUUCAAGGAAUGGGCCUUUAUACCACAGAGGAGCUGCACUACUCUCCAGAGGGCGUCCUGUACUCUCGGAGCCCAGACAAGUACAAAAUCCCAACUGUCACUGAUGUCCCGGAGCAGUUUAAUGUGUCCUUGCUGCCAUCAUCUCAGACUCCGCUCACCAUCUACUCGUCAAAGGGCCUCGGGGAGUCCGGGAUGUUCCUAGGGUCAUCCGUAUUUUUCGCCAUUGCUGAUGCAGUGGCUGCGGCACGGAGACAAAGAGACAUAGCGCAGGACUUCACAGUGAAGAGCCCAGCAACCCCAGAGCGGGUGCGGAUGGCCUGUGCAGACCGGUUCACCGACAUGAUCCCGAGAGAUGACCCAAAGACAUUUAAACCUUGGUCUAUACCUAUAGCUUAAUCUGCUCUCAUUUCCUAGGAGAUAUUUUAGUAGUCAAGUGAAAAGCCGGCUUCCUAAUCCUGACUGGACUCCAAACUGUAUUCAUAUGCUGUUGGGUGGGAGGGAGGGUGAGCUCUGUCACAAAACUUAGAGUCACGAUUCACAUCUAACCACAUUAAUGAGAUGAAGCAUUUCUUAUAAAUUAUUUACUUAGUGUUCUCAGCCAGGAGGCUGCCAGACAAGCACUGCAGUGUUUGAAGCUCCUUUAAUGAUUUUCUUUGGAAAAGACAGAGUAAAUGGUACUGCGGAAGGAGCAGAAAGGAGACCUGGUGUGCAGAUGGCAGAGCCAUCUUUUCCUGACAGACCCUCCAUGCAGCUACACACACACACACACACACACACACACACACACACACACACAC